AUUACCGCAUAUUUUAUGUUCCUAUUAUCAUGCCUGGGAUUUUUUUUAUUUUUACAGGUGACGGGGGCACUGGAAGAUAUUUUGCAGCAAUUGAAGGACCUGGAGACCUCAGGACUGCUGCGAGGCACAGCAUCUGCUGAGGAGCAAUACAAAUACAUUAAAGGUGUAGCAAGCCUAAAGGAAUGUGUUACAGGAGCCAAGUUUAUUCAGGAAGCUGUCUUUGAGGAUGCUGAGGUAAAGAAGGAGGUGUUUAAACAAAUUGAUGAGCUUGUUGAUUCAAAAACCAUCAUCUCAUCUUCUACAUCAUGCAUUGUCCCUUCAAUUUUAUCUGCAGACUUGACACACAGGGCCAACUUCAUUGUAUCUCAUCCUGUGAAUCCCCCAUAUUAUGUACCAAUGGUUGAGGUCGUGCCAGCUCCAUGGACAUCAAAGGAUGUGGUGGCACAAACAAAGGCAAUAAUGAUUGAGAUUGGUCAGGCACCAGUCAUGUUCGCCAAGGAACAGCCCGGUUUUGGAGCCAACCGCAUACAAUAUGCCAUUUUAAAUGAAUGCAAACGCUUGGUAGAAAAUGGCGUCUUGUCUGCUGAGGGCGUGGACAUUAUGAUGAAGGAUGGGUUUGCAUAUCGUUAUGCUUGGAUGGGGCCUCUGGAAACUGCUGCUCUUAAUGCAAAUGGUAUGAAGGACUACCUUGAGCGAUACGGCUCUACCAUUGAAAGUGUUUCCAAAGAGUUAUCUCCUCUACCAUCCUGGAAAGUAGAGAAUUCUGGUGAAUUUCCCCGGCAAAUUGAUGAAAUGGUUCCACUGGAUAAACUCAAGGAACGACGAGCCUGGAGGGAUGCAAGACUGGCUGCAAUUGCUAAGCUCAAAAAGGAUAUGAAGGAGCUGGAAAAAUCUGGAAAGUAAUAGAUCAAAUAAUUAGAAAUGCAUCAUGAUCAUCAGUAAAGUAGAGAGUUUAAGAUUUCAGUUAUGUUAAUAUAAUAUUUGUCAAAGAUAACAAAGUGCAUUGCCCCAUUCUUUGUGUAGACUAAAUCCUUAUCUUAUUUAAUGUGCUUAAUAAUGUAAUUCACUUAGGCUAAAGAGCAUACUGUCACACAGAUAUAAACUGUAAUCUUACAUUACUAGAGUAGAGACAGAAAUUUCCAUGAGGAAACUAAACAACCUGCAACAAGUAAUGUAUGUGCCAGGUUGUUGUGGCUAUGAGGUCUGUGGGCAACUAUCAACAACAGCCUAGCUAAUCAAAUACUCUGAAAGUAAGUCUGGCUUCAGGUUUGGCUGAGAGGGUACAAGAUUAUUUUAUUCACAAGAAUGCCAAGAUCAAGCAUAAAACCCUUGUAACCAGUCACAGGUGCAGUUAUUAUUAUUAUUAUUAACAAAAACCGAAGUCACAAGUACAGUACAUCACAGUUAUGGUAUGAAGGUUAAAUGCUUAGGGUAGUCUUGACAUUAGCUCAUGAAUAAUUGAUAGGUUUUUAUCUUAAAAGUUUAAUGAUUAUAAUCAGAAAGAAGCACUAAACCUACACAGGUCACACAGUGCUUAAAAUUUUUUAAAAGAAUAACAAUUGUCAUGGAAUGGUGGAAUAAUUGUAAUAUUUUAAUGACUACACAAUUGUAUUUUUUGUGGUUAUUGAAUUUUUGUUAGUUUGAAGGAAGCAUUAGCCAUUACUGAAAUAGAACACUUUUUUGACUAGCAAAUGACUUCAAUAUUGAUAAAUAUUUGAACAAGUUUAUUAUGAAAAUGAUCAUGUACUGCAAUCUGAUAAAAAAAAUAUUGUUCAAGAUUACUAAACUUUUGUAAUUUUUAAGUAUAAUAUUUAACAUAAACAUUUGUAGUGUGACACUGUGGUGGAGGAAAAUGCAAUAUUCUGGUGUCUUUGCUAUAAUUGUGAGGUUUUAUCAGUAAUAUAACUAGAUUCAAUUCUAUAUAUGUUGCACAGGUGUUUACCAGAGCCAUAAGCAAUUACUGUGUACAAAGAACCUGAAUUUACUGUUCACUGUAGAAAAUGUUAAUAUUACAAUUAUUUAAUGAAGAUUGUGUUAGAAAAAUUCAAGAUUGUAUGCCUUGGAAUAGCUAUCAUCUACUCUGGCUGCAAAUUAAAUAUAAGCAGAAGAGCUUUUACCCUGUUGGUGGUCAUAAGGUGACAGUCUCACCUGACCUGCUCCACUUCCUCCAUACAAUCUUUUCAAUACGGUAAAUGCAAGUACGUACAGUGCUUACUUCUCACUUAUGCCUUAAUAUUUUUUGCUUCUUACCUUCUGCUCACUUGUGUUCUGAGUGUAUUUUUCUUUCCACAUUCAUUUCAUUCCAAACCAGCAUAUACAUUAUUAUAGUCAUGGGGAAGCACUAAACCCAUAGGGAUCAUGCAGUGCCUGCAAAAUAGGAGAAAGAUGAGUUUGACCCAAGGAAGAGAAGCUCCAGCUCCUUUGAUCAAGAGCCCAUCACUGGUAUCAAGACACCCCUCUUCAAGGGGGUUACCUGAAGCAUAUUCAAAGUGGUAAUGUAGGCAAUUUACCAUCGCAUUGUAAGCAUACUUAACUGGGCGUUUUAUUAUACAAUAUUAUUACACUUUAGUCACAAAACGUGCUAAAUCCAUAUUGAUCAUUCAGCAGCACUUAUCACUGAGGAUGAUUACUAGUUACACAUGUAUGGAAGUAUGUUUCUGGCAGUCUUCUACAGCACUGUGGCAUAAAGUUUAAUUUAAUUAAUAUAAUCGAAAACCAAGUGCUAAACUCACAAGGGUCAUACAGUGCUGAAUGUAACUAGUAUUCAUAGUGCUUAUCCCACUGCCAUAUCUUCUAAUUAUACCAUACUUUGCGGCUUAUUAGACACAUUUUUUUCCAUAAAAUAUCUCCAAAAGCCACCCUGCAUCCUAUAAACUGAAGGUCAGUGAUGGGAGCUGUAAGUUUGGGGUGUGGGGUGGGCUAUAGCUCUCCCAGCUACAACCGAUGCCGAGCCAUUGAAACUAAAAAGUCUUACAAGCCACAAAAUGCAGUAUACAGUAUCUUUUAAACAUUUCUGCACACUACAGUUCAUCACAGGACAAUACUGUGUGUUAAACCAUCCUCUUACCACCAGAUAACAUUUAAUUAUUUUGGUUAGAUGCUGUUAAUCUGUUCUGGCUUAUAACCAAAAUAAAAGAUCUCAUUGUAAGUGCAACCAAGUAAACAGUAGUUAACAUGCUUAAAAAAAAAAAAAAAAAAAAAAAAAAAACUUGCUAAGCAUCGACUUUUGCACAGGCCCAGGUGUGACACGGUAUGUUGGUUAAUGUGUGAGGAAACUAAUGCUCUGUAAUAUGUUGGGAAAAAAAUUGCUUAUUAUUAGAACCGAUUACAUGUGGAAACUGACCACACAACUUUACACAUUUAAUUUUUUUUUAUAUUAAUAGGGACCCCAUAUAUUAUAUUCCUAAAUUAUUAUUAUUAUAAAAAAGAAGCGCUAAACCACAAGGGCUAUACAGCGCUAUAUACACCUACCAUCCGACUUACGACCUGCUCGACUUACGACCAUGUAUUUUAUGCCAAAUUUCUGGGAAAUAAACAACUAUUUGUGUUGUACACAGUGUUUAUCCUAAACCUUACAGUAUAAAAUACAGUACUAACAACAUAAAAAGUAAAGUAAAACAUGAAAUACCAAAAUAAAACAAUAAAAUAAAGUCAUUACAAAAAUGUUUUGUUGAUAUUCAGUAGUAAAGUUCGACUUACGACCGGUUUCUCGGAACCGAACUCGGUCGUAAGUCAGAUGGUAGGUGUAUUCCUAAAGAAGCACCAAGCAUGCAAGGGUCAUCCAUUGCCUGGCUACAUAUGUGAACCUUAAAAGUAUAAUUUAUUCAUCAUUAGUCAUGAUUGGAUAUACAGUACUGUAUCAGUUAUACUAAUAAAUAUGAAUCUUAAUACUGUA